UGUGUGUGUCUGUGUGUCUGCGUGUGUGUGUGAGAGCGAGACAGCUUGCCCUGCAGAGAUGGAGAUUUUCACCAACAACACAGUGAGAAACACCACAGGAGCUGCAGACUGGACGGAGGUGUAUGAGGCUGUCUGGUGGAUCCAGCUGGUCAUGGCCUCUCUCAGUAUUUUGGGUUCUGGAUCCAUCAUCUACUGUCUGAUGUUACAGAGACUGAGCCGGACACCUGAGCUGCAGCCCCUCUUCCUGCUCAGUGUGUCCGACCUGCUGCUGGCUUUCUGUUGGCUGAUUGGAGUCGUCCUUUUUUCUCGAAACUGCAGCAGUGUGAGUGUCCACUGCUACAACCUGCACACCGUGGAACAGGUCCUGUACAUGGCCUCCUUCUUCUGCACCCUCAACUACGUGUGGAACCUGUACAAAGGCCUGAGAGAGAAGCUGUACAGCUGCCUGAGUGGCUACUCAGUCCAGUUUUCUAACAGAGUGAGUUCAACAGGAAAACUCAUCGCCAUGCUUUCAGGUCUGCUUCCUCUCCUGCUGAUGACUCCAGUGUUCAUUUGGGGAAACAUCAGCGAGUGUCACACUAACUUCAGCCAGCCCUACAGAUGCCUGCUGAUGCACACCGGACCUGUGUUCAACCCCUCCCACCAUCAGCCACUGAUUCCGUCCUGCAGCCUGCUGCGCACCUACCACAGGGGAGUCUUCCUCAGCUCCUUCAUCCUCACACUGCUCGUCAUCACGGUUUUUGUGGUGAAAAGUCGCCGGAUCUACCGACGGGUCGUCACAUCGCAGGGUUACCUUGGAAACCAGCAACGAGCCUUGUUCCGCCUGAUGGACCGACGGAUGAUCCUCUACCCACUGAUCUUCAUCAUCUGCUGGGGUCCAGCGGUGACCCUGGCCUUCAUGCGGGUGGUCCUGCCUUCGGCAGUUCACGGGUUCCUCGGGGUCAUCCUCUAUGUGUCACAGGCCUUCACCUCGGCCUCGCAGGGCUUCCUCAACUCUCUGGUGUACGGCUGGACUCGGGUGCAGCUGCGCCGUUCUGGUCACGGCUGCCGGGACGCCGACACGCAGACGCCGCUGCUGCGAGCUCAGAAAGACUCGAGGACCUACAGGACGCUACGGAGCAUCUGCUGAGGGACGUCCUCACCUCAAACACUCCACAGGAGUUCUGAAGGAAAGCCAGAGAGCUCCGCCUCUGAACCUCCGAGGACGCGGAGAAGAAGAAAGAGGAGGACCUGACCUCCGCUGGUUGUCUCAGAUGUCCACUUCACUCUGAUGGAUGGACAUAUCAGCACGUCCGCCAUAUUGGACAGGGCACCACAGAGUGAAGAGCAGAUCAAAAACACCACUAACCAUUUUUCAGGAAAGAGCAUAUUUGUUCACUUUCAAAUGAUGACAUUUUUCCUUCCAAACUAACAACAGAAAAUGUGAAUCAACACACACUUCAUGCUUCCAAUAAAUCAUAUCCUGUGUAAAUAGUACAUUUUUUGUGAACAGUGGUACUUUCGGGGUAGAGACAGUCUUCUCCAGAACUUCAGUGAAACAUGUGUCCAAUUUAGAGAAUUUCUGUGUGAGAUUGUGAAAUAUUGGAUGUUUUAAUAGUCAUUAGGGAAAUUAUUUAUACUUUAUCCUCAAAUGUGACUGACAUUUUAAAUUUCCUGUUCU